AUGGACCAAUAUGAAAAGGUUGAAAAGAUUGGUGAAGGAACUUACGGUGUGGUUUACAAGGCUCGUGACCGUGUUACCAAUAAGACUAUAGCUUUGAAGAAAAUUCGACUCGAACAGGAGGAUGAAGGAGUUCCUAGCACUGCUAUUCGUGAGAUUUCUCUUCUUAAGGAAAUGCAGCAUAGGAACAUCGUUAGGUUGCAGGAUGUAGUGCACAGUGAGAAGCGAUUGUAUCUGGUUUUCGAGUAUCUGGACUUAGAUCUGAAGAAGCAUAUGGAUUCAUCCCCCGAGUUUGUAAAAGAUCCCCGACAAGUAAAAAUGUUCCUUUAUCAAAUGCUCUGUGGAAUUGCUUACUGUCACUCACAUAGAGUUCUUCACCGAGACUUGAAACCACAGAAUUUGUUGAUAGAUCGCCAUACUAAUUCUCUAAAGCUUGCAGAUUUUGGAUUGGCCAGGGCAUUUGGCAUUCCUGUCAGAACAUUUACACAUGAGGUAGUUACACUAUGGUACCGAGCUCCAGAAAUAUUGCUUGGAUCUCGUCAUUAUUCUACCCCAGUCGAUGUUUGGUCAGUGGGAUGUAUAUUUGCAGAGAUGUCAAACCGACGACCUCUAUUCCCCGGGGAUUCCGAGAUUGAUGAAUUAUUUAAAAUAUUCAGAAUCUUGGGUACACCAAACGAAGAUACAUGGCCAGGAGUAACUUCAUUGCCUGAUUUUAAAUCAACAUUUCCCAGGUGGCCAGCUAAGGACCUAGCGGCCGUGGUUCCAAAUCUUGAGCCAGCUGGUCUUGAUCUUCUUUCUAGCAUGAUUUGCUUGGACCCCAGCAAAAGAAUCACUGCCAGGAGCGCCGUGGAACAUGAAUACUUCAAAGACAUUAAAUUUGUACCCUAA